UAGAUGAAUUCCAUGUGGCCCGAUGCUGACGCCCAUUCUGGCUACCUUACCGGCAACAAAAAAGGACUUCCCACUGAGAAACCGCCAGAGCGAACCCAAACAAGACGUCACUCUUGAAAGGGAAUCACCUCGAAAGAACCAGGUUUGAGUUUUGGUCUAGUCAUAACUUGUUUGGUCGUUACUAUCCUUUUCUGCCCUCCCGCCGAUCCUAUCAACAUCCGACAUUUGCCCUAUCGUAACCGCACAAUCAUCCUCAAGCACCUCAGACAUCAACAAAUAUGAUGGGUGCCAUAUCGACGCCUGAAACUCGCUCUUUUUUCGCUUUCUAUAGCAUUAUAGGGCUCGUGUGUACCACCGUGUACCUGCUUUCUCUAGCUAUCUACCGUCUGUACCUCAGUCCGCUUGCCAAGUUUCCAGGGCCGAAGCUGGCCGCUUUAACGCAGUGGUACGAGGCCUACUAUGAGCUCUUCAGCGGCGAUGGCGGCCAGUUUAUUUGGCAUUACGCUAAGUUGCAUGAGGAAUAUGGCCCUAUUAUUCGAAUUAACCCAUGGGAGCUGCACAUCCAAGACUCUAGCUUCUAUGACGUGCUUUACUCGUCUUCUAGGCACUCCAGCAAGCUGACCACCCUCGCUCACCGUUUCAACAGCCCAGAGUCGGCCUUCUCGACUGUUAACCACUCCAGACACCGCCAGCGGCGAGCGGCAUUGAACCCCUUUUUCUCCCACCGUAGGAUCGCUGAGCACCAGCCGAAUAUUCAGCGGAUGAUGCAUCGCCUCACAGAUCGCGUCACGCGGGAAUACUUGGGCAACGAUAAGGUGUUACGUAUCGAUCAAAUGUGGGGAUGCUGGACGUCGGACAUCAUCAACGACUACGCUUUCGACAAGCCGCAUAAUUUUCUUGACGCUCCAGACUUCCACGCGAGCUACACGGAUGCCAUGGUUGAUCUUCUGGAACCUGUUCACUAUAUCACGCAGUUUCCCCUCGUGACAAACCUUUUCAAGAUGCUCCCGCUGUCGUGGGUCAAAGCAAUGUCUCCUCAAACGGGAACUGUGCUAGACUUUAACAACGAAAUGACAAACCAGAUCCGCAUCCUCUUAAAUAAGCCGGCAGAGGAAAAGGGGCAGUCCAAGACUAUUUUUGGUGUUAUCCUCGAGUCAGACCUCCCAGCCUCGGAGAAGACGGUUGGCCGUCUUCAGCAAGAAGCAAUUAGCGUGACCGGCGCCGGUAUCGAGACGACGAUGCGGGCCCUCAGUCUAUGCACAUUCCAUGUCCUGGCAAACCCCCCAGUGCUAGAAAAGCUCCAGGCCGAGCUCAAAGAGGCUAUUGUGGAUCCCAGAACUCCUCCCGACUGGGAUGCGCUCUCACAAUUACCAUAUCUCUCAGCCUGUAUCAACGAAGCCCUUCGAUUCGCAUAUGGAACGUCUCAGCGACUACCUCGCACUCUCGAGGACGAGCCUCUCCGUUACGGCGAGUGGCUCAUCCCCGUCGGCGCCACCGUGAGCAUGGACAACUACGCCGUGUCCCACGACGAGGCUAUUUUCCCAGAUAACAUGACCUUCCGCCCGGAGCGCUGGCUGGGCGACCCAAAGGCUCCUGAUGGGAAGAAACUCUCGCGCUACAUGGUCGCGUUUGGUCGCGGGACGCGCUCCUGCGUGGGCAUGCAGCUCGCGUGGGCAGAGCUUUACACGGGCAUUGCGACGCUGUUCCGUAGGUUCAAGAUGGAACUCUACGAGACUGAGCGGGAUGCGAUGGAUCUGCACAUGGACCGAUUUGUGCCGCGUCCUAAACCGCAUACUCUUGGGGUGCGGGCUCUGGUUAAAAAAGAUCUAUAUCAGUGACUGAUUGCCGGUGGGAAAGACUGAAGAUGUUGGGAAUGUUUUGGGCGAAACGCUGUAAAUCUGUCGUUACCGAGCUCUACAAGUAUCCUCUUCUCACAGAAACUUACUAGAUUCAGUGGGAAAAGUCGGUGAAGACUUUUCGUCACGAAUAAAUGGCGUCUUAAUAAUGUAGUACGUGGAUUGGAAUUGCUUGGACGCUUGAUAUGGACGGCAUUUAGAUAAGAUGCAUUACGACU